CAGUUAUAAAGAGGCUGACCCAGCAGAGAGUGGAGGGGAAUUACAAGGUGCAGGAAAACAGCAGCACCGGACCAGGCUGGGUGUCUGCUUGGCUCACCACGACCUGCUCCACACUAUGGGGAAGGACGGGCUGCCCAGCAAACCAAACAUCUUCCUCCUUCUCCUCUUCUUCCUUCCUGGAAAUACCUCUCCCACCACAGAACCGCAGUACAUGGUGCUACUGCCCUUUCUGAUACACACUGAUUCUUCUGAGAAAGUCUGUGUGCAGCUGACCCACCUGAAUGAGUCUGUGACACUGAGCACCACACUCGAGUAUCAAGGGGAAAACAGGAGCUUGAUUGAUGACGUAGUGUCGGAGAAGGACGUGUUCACCUGCAUCCCUUUCUCUCUUCCAAAAUCCAAUAGCACAUCAGUGGCAUUUCUCACUGUGAUGGUGAAGGGGGCGACCCUGCAGUUCAGGAGCCGCAAGUCGGUGCUGGUCAAGAAUUCUGAGAGCUUGGUCUUCGUCCAGACAGACAAACCCAUCUACAAGCCUGGACAGACAGUUCUGUUUCGGAUCGUCUCUCUGGACAAAGACUUCUACCCGCUGAAUGAGAAGUUUCCAUUUGUCUACGUCCAGGAUCCCCAGAGGAACCGUGUGUACCAAUGGCAAGGGGUGGAACUAGAGACCGGCCUUACACAGCUCUCCUUCCCCCUCACCUCAGACCCCAUCCAAGGCUCCUAUAAAAUAGUUGUGCAGAAGAGCUUCUCAUAUCAUGUGGAACACUCCUUCAGUGUGGAGGAAUAUGUGCUGCCCAAGUACGAGGUGCUGGUGAAGCUGCCCAAGAUGAUAACUAUUAAGGACAUGGAACUCCCAGUGUCCGUCUGCGGUCUGUACACCUAUGGGAAACCUGUUCCUGGUUUGGUGAAUGUCCAAGUGUGCCGGAAAUUUUCCCAUUCUGCUUCAAAUUGUUACGGAAAAGAAGCAGAAGCUGUGUGUGAAGAAUUCACUAGGCAGGCAGACGCUCGCGGGUGUGUUUCUGGUGUAGUAAGGACCAAGAUAUUUCAGCUCCAGCGCAGGGGAUAUGAGAUGAGCAUUGAGGUACAUGGCAAAAUCACAGAAGAUGGCACAGGAGUAGAGAUGACUGGCACAGGCUCCUGUGGAAUCACACCCGUCAUGAGCAAAAUCAGCUUUGACUUGCUGGACUCUCAGUACAGACCAGGGAUACCACUCUUUGGGAGGGUGACGCUGGUAGAUGGCACUGAUGCUCCAAUUGCCAAUGAAACCAUCACGAUUUCUGUGGAUGGAGACAGAUACAAAGGGAAUUACACUACAGAUGAACAGGGACAAUCCUGGUUUUCCAUAGACACUACCACCUUCACACAACCCUCCCUGGAAAUCCGAGCUGAUCAUAAACCUGAACUGAACUGUUAUGACAGCGACUGGAUCACACCUUCAUAUGAGCAUGCCAUGCGUAGAAUAAGUCGGUUUUACUCCCCCAGUAAGAGUUACCUCAAAAUUGAGCCGAAGCCUGAGACAUUAAGUUGUGGCUCCCCCACAGAGAUCCAGGUUCACUAUAUCUUCACACCAGAGGCAAUAGGAGAGCAGAAGAAAAUUGUCAUUUACUAUUUGGUGAUGGCCAAGGGCGGCAUUAUAUUAGCAGACACCCAUGAUCUCACUGUGAAUCCUGGAGAUGCUUAUGGGACAUUUCAAUUGACCUUCCCUGUUGAGACGGCAGUUGCUCCCCUGGCACGGAUGCUUGUGUAUACCACUUCACCCAGUGGGGAAGUCAUCGCCAGUUCAGCAGAUUUCCAGGUUGAAAGUUGCCUCCCCAAUAAAGUCAGACUCAGUUUUGUACCCAAGGAAGGUCUUCCUGCCUCCAACACAAGCCUGCAACUCCACGCCUCACCAAGGUCCCUGUGUGCCCUCCGUGCUGUGGACAAGAGUGUUCUCCUCAUGAAGCCUGAAGAUGAGCUCUCUCCCAGCUCUGUGUAUGAUCUUCUCCCACUGAAGGAGAUCCGGGGUUAUAGCUUCAAGGACUACUACCUGGAAGAAGACAACGUAAAUCCUUGUGUGUCACUUGACAACAUAUUAUUAAAUGGGUUUGUCUACAUACCCAUUUCUCCUGACGGCGAAGGUGAUGCCUAUGACAUUCUCAAAGAAUUGGGCUUAAAAGUCUUCACUAGUAGCAAGAUCCAUAAGCCUGAAAUCUGCCAGCAUUACCCAGGACACAUGAUGGAAAGGAGUUACAGUAGUUCUAUCACUGCAUUGAAUCUGCUUGAUGAUUUCGACUAUGAAAUAACGGAACAUAUGGUUGCUGGCAAUCCUGUGGAGACCGUCCGGAAGUACUUCCCUGAGACAUGGAUCUGGGACAUAGUUCCAGUGAACUCUGAGGGAAAUGCUGAUCUAGAUGUGACCAUCCCUGACACCAUCACCGAGUGGAAAGCUAAUGCGUUCUGCACUUCGGCAGACACGGGCUUUGGCCUGUCCCCGACAGUGUCCCUCAGAGCCUUCCAGCCCUUCUUUGUAGAGCUUACCAUGCCCUACUCUGUAGUGCGUGGUGAGUCCUUCACACUGAAAGCCACCGUUUUCAACUACCUGACCACCUGCAUCAGGGUCAGCGUAUCUCUGGCUGAAUCUACUCAUUUUCUGGCUACACCACUGGAGAAGCAGGAAGAAUCCUACUGCAUCUGCAUGAAUGAAAGGAAAACUGUGGCUUGGGCGGUAACACCAAGAUCUUUAGGGCAGGUGGAGUUCUCGGUGAGCACUGAGGCGCUACAGAACCAGCAGCCCUGUGGGAACACCAUUGUGGAGACCCCUGAGAAAGGGGGGAAGGACACGGUCAUCAGACAGCUGCUGGUAGAGCCGGAAGGGACUGAGGUGGAAACUACCUACAACUCUGUGCUCUGUGCAUCUGAAAAGUCAAUGUCAGAGCCAGUCUCCCUCGUUCUCCCAGAGACUGUGGUGGAUGGCUCAGCCAGAGCAUAUUUCUCAGUGCUAGGCGACAUCAUGGGCACUGCCAUGCAGAACCUGCACCAGCUCCUCCAGAUGCCGUUCGGCUGUGGGGAGCAGAACAUGGUCCUCUUUGCACCCAACAUCUACGUCCUGGACUAUCUGAACAAGACAGGGCAGCUGAGUGAGGAGGUCAAAUCCAAGGCCAUUGGCUACUUAGUGAGCGGGUAUCAAAGGCAAUUGAACUACAAACACUGGGAUGGUUCUUAUAGCACCUUUGGGCCCCGUUACGGGCAAGUUGGGAAUACCUGGCUCACAGCCUUUGUGCUCAAGUCCUUUGCCCAGGCCCGGCCUCACAUCUUCAUAGAUGAGAAGCACAUCCAGGAUGCUUUGGUCUGGCUUUCCUACAAACAGAAGGAGAAUGGCUGUUUCCGCAGUUCUGGGACACUCCUGAACAAUGCCAUGAAGGGUGGAGUGAAUGAUGAGACCACGCUGACGGCCUACAUCACUAUCGCAUUGCUGGAGAUUCCUCUGCCUGUAACCCACUCAGUGGUCCGUAACGCUCUCUUCUGCCUGGAGACAGCAGCAAAUGAGAAAGAAAACCAUGUGUACACCAAGGCACUGAUGGCGUAUGCCUUCGCCCUGGCAGGGAAGCAAGACAAGCGGAAGGCAUUGCUUGCCUCACUUGAAAAGGAAGCUGUGAAAAAGGAUGACCAAAUAUUCUGGAGUCAACAGUCCAAACAGGAAGAAGACUCCCUAUAUUGGUAUCGGGCUCCAUCUGUUGAUGUGGAAUUGACAUCUAGUAUCCUCAUGGCUCACCUUUCAAAGUCAAGUUUGUCUUCAGAUGAAAUCAGGAAGGCAUCCCAGAUUGUGUCUUGGCUCACCAAGCAGCAAAACCCUUAUGGAGGCUUUGCUUCAACUCAGGACACGGUGGUUGCUCUGGAAGCCCUAGCCCUGUAUGCAACCAAGACCUUCAGCAAGGAUGGCCCUGAUCUGCAGGCUUCUCUCUCCUCUGAGGGUUUCAGCCAAAACAUCCGAGUAGACACCACCAAUCGCCUCUUGCUGCAGACAGUGGAGCUGCCAGCCAUUCCCCAAGAUUAUACUGUGCAUGUGCAGGGCCAUGGGUGCCUCUUCCUGCAGGCCAUUCUGCGGUACCACAUCCCUCCACUGAGGAGCGACGCCACCUUUGCCAUGUCUGUGCAGACAGAGUGCACCGCACCCAACGCCACCCAGUUCCCUGUCACCAUUCAUGCUCGCUACACAGGAAACCGUGUGUCCACCAACAUGGUCCUGAUCCAAGUGGAGCUGCUCUCUGGAUACAGCCCUGUAGCAGAUUCAUUGGAAGAGCUAAAGAAAAUGCCUUUAGUGAAGAAAGUUGAAAGUGAAGCUGACCGAGUCAUUCUCUACCUGAAGGAACUGACUAGACAGCCUCACACCUACACUUUGCUGGUGCAGCAGGACAUGCAAGUGAAGGAUCGAAAGCCAGCUAAUAUCAAGGUCUACGAUUACUACAUGCCAGAAGAAACUACGGUGAUGAGCUACCAUGCCCCUUGCGAAUGA